UCAUAAAUAACGCUUCAAAAACAAACAGCUGAAAUCUUUGCCUUUCUUUUAUUUUCUCUGUCAAAUCUUUUGACAAUUGUUGUUGUUGACAGCUGCCCACUUCUUGAGAAAAGCUUUUUCUGAUCUUCCUUUUUCAUUGUAUUUAUUGUAUACUGUUUCUUCCUUUCUGGAAAAUCCUGGAGAAGAAGAAGAAUCUUUGAUUGAUUGUCACUUUCUUUGAUGAAUUCAAGGCAACAAGUUCGGCAGGGACUUACCUAAACAGAAAAGAUGCCUACUCUUUAAUCUCUCUUCUUCUUCCUCUUGAGAUUUUUUUUACUUCCCAUUCAUGAAACAAUAAAAGAGAUCUUCGAAAAUUAUGAUUUUUUUCUCUUAAAUCUUCAAUGAGAUAUCGAAUGAUAUCGAAAUUACAUCAAAAUUUUGAAAUCUACAAUGUCAUGGCAACAACACCAUGGUAAGAUAAGAAAACGAGACUGGUCGUCAUCUUCUUCAUAAUCUCUGAUCCAAAACUACAGACUCAAGCGUAAGGAAGUAUUGGAGAAGAAAGAUAAGAGGAGAAAAGCGCCUAGAGUUGCAAAAAUGCCUCAUGAUUUGCCGCAAAAUUUGCCUGAUCCGUCUUACAGUCCCUUUUCAGAGAAAACGGAUCGAGGCAGAGCCAAAUCUAACAGGAGAAGAAGAGCUUCAAUCGAUUCUCAAAAGCUUCUAGUUACCGACUAUAAGUUUGGGAGCAUGGAGAUUGAAGCUCAUUCUAGAGGUAAAAGUCAUGGUGGAUGCGUAAUUGGAAUCAGAACUCGUUUAAAGGAUGUCAGGAAUGGCUUAGCCAUCUCUAAAGAAAUCGUUAAAAUCUUGAAUCGAGUUUCUAAUUUCGAAGAUUCGUCGAUCAUGUCAUUAGUCUCGGCAUUACAUGUUGAACUUAACCGAGCACGAAUCCAUGUCGAUCAAUUGAUUCGAGAUCAACGAUCUAACCGCAAUGGAAUCGAGCAUCUCAUGAGACAUUUCGCCGAGGAAAAGGCUGCUUGGAAGAGGAGAGAGCGCGAGAGAAUCCGCGGCGCCAUAGCGUGCAUCGCCGAAGAGCUCGAGGUGGAGAAGAAACUCAGGAGGCAAACUGAGAGAUUGAACAAGAAGCUCGGAAAGGAAUUGGCUGAUACAGCUGCAUCACUGUCCAAGGCAACGAAAGAGCUCGAAAGCGAGAAGAGAGCCAAAGAGAUUCUCGAGCAAGUCUGCGAUGAGUUGGCUCGAGGAAUCGGAGAAGAUCAAUCUAAGAUCGAAGAACUGCAACGAGAGUCUGCUGAAGCGAAGGAAGAAAUGGAGAAGGAAAGGGAUAUGCUUCGGCUUGCCGAAGUGUUACGCGAGGAGCGAGUCCAGAUGAAGCUCUCUGAAGCUAAAUAUCACUUCGAGGAGAAGAAUGCCGCCGUCGAAAAGUUGAGGAAUGAACUUGAGACCUACCUAGGCACCAAACAAGGCGAAGAAAAUGGUGGUGGUUCAUUGAAUAUGCAGAGGAUCAAAGAGCUUGAAGCUUAUUUGAAGGAUAUCGAUUUGGGUUCCUGUCAAAUGGUCGAGAAAGUUGCCAAUAAAGUCGAUGUUGUCGACGGAGAAGAGUGCGAAGCAGAUGAUUCAGGUGAUAGUGAUCUUCAAUCCAUUGAAUUAAACAUGGACAACAAUGACAUGAGCUACAAAUGGAGCUAUGGUAGCGGAAGUUAUGUUGAUGGUGGUUCACAGAAGAUUCCUAUUGAAAAGGAAAAUAAGAGGAGGAAAUCACUUUCUGAGAUGAUUUCAUGGGGAAGUAUUUACUUAGAAAGAGCACGUUCAAACUCUAAAGAUGUGGAUUUUAGCCUUGAAAGCCCAGAAGAGUUUGACCGACAAACGAACGAACGCUACGAAGACGAGAUAAAAAGAUAUAGAUCAAUAAAGAGUCUUAGAGAUCACAUAUUAUCUAGUAAUAGGAUAGCUCCCAUCCAAAGCUUUCCAAGUCCGACCCGGCAAGGGAGUCGGUCCAUGCAUUCCGAGGAGGCGGCCGGCCGGACUGGCUCGCCUUUGUUGAAGCCUAAUCUCGUUGGCAAAAAAAGUGAAGGCCACAGCUGAUAAGUGAGAGGAGCACUUGUUAUUUAUUUGUUUUUUCUCGAGUUGUUGCAUUUUCUUGAAUUCAAAGGCUGAUUUCUUUGCUUA